UUUAGAAUCAACACUCACGAGCCGCCGCCGCCGCCGCCGCUGUAGCAAUCUCCACCAACAUCAAGAAUGGCCAGAAUCAAGGUUCAUGAGCUGAGGAACAAGUCGAAGCCUGAUCUACUGACUCAGUUGAAGGAUUUGAAGGCAGAACUUGCUCUUCUUCGUGUUGCCAAGGUCACUGGUGGUGCUCCUAACAAGCUCUCCAAAAUCAAGGUGGUAAGGUUGUCUAUUGCCCAGGUUCUGACUGUAAUUUCACAGAAGCAAAAGGCUGCUCUGAGGGAAGUUUACAAGAACAAGAAAUACCUGCCUCUUGACCAAGCACCAGGCGUCCUUGAAGACGGAGAGGGAGAAGAAGAAGGAGAUGUACUUCCCUUUGUGAAAGUAUGCUAUCAAAGUUCGCAGAAAUUUUGGUGUUUGAAUCAGGAUAUAUAUUGGUUUAAACCAUUUAUCAUGCAAAUUUUCUUUUGUUUGGCACUUGUGACAUUAGAAACAUGA